AUGGCUUCCCCCAGUGUCCUCACUUUUGACGCUGAGGGUCGGGCCAUUGACUUUGACGUCUGGGUAGAUGACCUGCAGCUUUUCCUACUGAGCGACAGAGCAGACGGCCUCUCCCUUUUUGACCUCACCUCUGGUGCCUCUCCUGCCCCUGCUGCUGAUGCUGACCCCACUGUUCGCUCCCAGUGGGCCACACGCGAUGCUGCUGCCCGCCUUGCUGUGCGCCGCCACUUGCCGACCUCUGAGCGUGCGCACUUUAGCCAGUACAAGAGUGCUAAGACCUUGUACGACGCUGUAGUUGCGCGCUACUCUUCCCCUGCCACUGCUGCGCUUAGCCGCCUUAUCCUACCGUACCUCUUCCCUGACCUCGCCGCUUUUCCCACUGUCGCUGACCUCAUUACGCACCUUCGCACUAGUGACACUCGCUACCGCGCUGCGCUUCCUGCUGAGUUCUGCGCCAAGAACCCCCCCCCCAUGUACAUCACCCUCUACUACAUAGUCACCCGGCUCCCUGACACCCUUCGCCCGGUUAGGGACCACUUCCUCUCUGUUUGCCCCACCACCCUCACCGUUGACCUCCUCGAGGAGCGCCUGCUCGCGGCAGAGAAGAGCAUAGUCGCAGUAGGUGCCUCUCGUGGUGACCCUCGUACCCCUGUCUUUGAGGGGUGCUCCCCCUCUCCCCUCUUGCCCUCUGUUGCCUCUGCUGCUGCGGCCGACCUCGUUGGUCUUGAGUCGGUCGCUGCGGCGUCUGCCCCUAGCGGGAGACGCCGCCCUGGCAAGGGCAAGGGGGGCAAGGGUGCUGGAGGGGCUGGAGGGGGCGGUGGAGGCGGAGGUGGAGGUGGUGGAGGGGGUGGGGGUGGCGGUGGGGGUGGUGGCGGGGGUGGGGGCGUCGGUGGCGGGACUGGAGGUGGAGGUGGAGGCGGCGGUGGCGGUGGGAGCGGAGGUGGCGGAGGUGGCGGUAGUGGAGGAGGUAGCGGCGGAGGCGGCGGAGCUGGUCGGGGUGGCGCUGCGCAGAGGGGUGGCUCCGGUGGUGGUGCGCGCCAGCAGCAGCAGCAGCGUACCCGUGAGACCCCUUCCCCCCAGCAGCUUCGUGAGUGGUACGCUGCUCGUCAGCGGGGUGGGGGUGCUGGCCCCUGCACCUACGUUCUCCGUACCGGCGACCGGGCGGGUGAGCAGUGUGGAGGCCCGCACCCCACCCAGCGCUGCUUCGGUCGGCUGACAGACGCGUGGCGCCACCAGUUCCCCGACGCUACGGAGAUCCCUCGCUGGGGCGAGCUGUCUAGGGCGGGUGUUGCAAUCUAUGAUCUUGACUUUGAUGCUAUUCUUGCUGCCAUGUAUGCUGUGACUAUUAGUGAUGAGGGUGACUGUUACCGGUGUUUCCCGCCUGACCCAGGCAUAGAGGCUGCUGCGCUAGGUACUUGUGAGGCUGCUGCUCUAGGUGCCAGUGCGUCUGCUGCCCCAGGUGCCGGUGAGUUUGCGCUCUCAGGUGCUGCGUCGCCCCCGGACACCCACACCUUCACCCUUGACUCGGGUGCUUCCCGCUCCUUCUUUCGAGACUGCACCACUCUCACACCGCUCAGUCGGCCUGUUGCGGUCUCCCUAGCGGACCCCUCUGGGGGUCCUGUCCUUGCUCACUACUCCACUGUCCUACCGUGUCCAGCGGUCCCGUCUGGCUCCCUGUCGGGUCUCUACCUCCCCUCGUUCUCUACGAACUUGGUGGCGGGUGCUGACCUCCAGGAUGCAGGAGUUGACCAGUUCACCCCUGCGCGUCAGCGGGUGACCCACUGCACUUGUGCGGACACGGGCCGCCACUUGGCCACGUUUGCUCGUCGGCCAGGGUCGAGCCUGUACACACUGACUACUGAGUCUUCCCCAGUCACUGAGUCUGCUCAGGUAGCCGCGUCGGGUCAGGUGUUUGCUGCGGCGUCCAGGUCUGGUCCUGAGUCUGCCCCCUGCUCGUGUCGUCUCCUGUCUCACCGGACUCUCCUCUGGCACCACCGUCUUGGUCACCCCUCCCUGCCUCGCCUUCGAGGCAUGGCUUCCCGUCUUCUUGUUUCUGGUCUCCCCCGGUCCCUCCCUCCUCUUCCUCCGGGGCCUGCCCCCACCUGCAUUCCCUGCGUCGAGGGGCGGCAGCGCGCUGCUCCUCACUCCUCCGAGUUUCCUCCGACAGAGGCUCCGCUGCAGACGCUUCACAUGGACGUGUGGGGCCCAGCCCGCGUCCGUGGGCAGGGUCAGGAGCGCUACUUCCUGCUGGUGGUUGACGACUACUCGCGUUACACCGCAGUCUUCCCCUUGCGCAGCAAGGGUGACGUCACUGAGGUGUUGAUCGCCUGGAUCCGCGCGGCUCGUCUCCAGCUCCAGGAGAACCUUCUGUCGCACACGAGGCAUCCGCCAGACCUUCACGCUUCCGGACUCUCCGCAGCAGAAUGGGAUUGCUGA